CCUCCAAUGAAGUGUUUCACGUCUCUACACUCAUCCUUCAAUCCCUCUCUCUCUCUCUCUCUCUCUCGCUCUCUCUCUCUCUCUCUAGAUAAAAUGGUGAUGCGAAAGCUAGCAGUUUCAUCCUUGUUCAGUCCCCUGCUGCUUUGGAUUCUAUUUGCUUCAGGACAUCCGUCCUUGGUUGAAUGCGCCUCUGACCGCCACCACCAUCACCAUCGCGUCCACCAUGCCAACGACUGCCUCGCCGUGUUUCGUCCCACAAAGAUGUUUGUCUUCGGAGAUUCGUAUGCAGACACAGGGAACAACCCGAAAGCCUUGGCGAACUCGUGGAAGGUUCCCUAUGGAAUCACCUUCCCCGGCAAACCCACCGGUCGAUACUCGGAUGGCCGGGUCUUGACGGAUUUCCUCGCUGCGUAUUUUGGAAUGAGAUCACCGAUACCAUAUAAGUGGAGGAAGGUCGGGUUUAAGUAUGUGAAAUAUGGAAUGAACUUCGCAUUUGGAGGGACGGGGGUGUUCGACACGCUGUUUCCUCAGCCAAAUAUGACGGUACAGAUCGAUAUGUUCCAACAGCUUGUUGCCGAUUCUGUCUACACUGGACUGGAUCUUCAGUCUUCGCUUGCUCUCGUUACUAACUCCGGCAACGACUACUCUACUUACUUGGCCAAGGGCGGCUUGUACGAGGACUUGCCGAAAUUCAUAAUACAGGUGGUGAACCAGCUCGCUUUGGACAUAAAACGCAUCCACGACCUGGGCGUGAAAAUGAUAGCCGUUGCGGGUCUACAGCCUUUGGGAUGUCUUCCUUCUAUCACCAUCUCGGAUUCUUACCGAACUUGCAAUGCGACUGCAAAUUCAUUCGUAACCUUCCAUAAUCAGCUGUUGCAGCAAGCCGUCACAAAGCUGAACAACCAGACCCGGUCAUCACCUGCUUUCGUUGUCGUCGAUCUCUAUACCUCAUUCAUGUCCGUGCUUAAUGACAAAGCAAGUACCAAGUUUCAGGAACCGCUGAAACCAUGCUGUAUGGGGACAAACAGCAGUUAUUCGUGCGGGAGUGUGGAUGGAAGUGGGCAGAAGCAAUAUACAUUGUGCAAGGACCCGAAAGGCAUGUUCUUUUGGGACACGUUCCACCCUACGCAGGAGGGUUGGCGAGCUGUGUUCUCUACAUUAGGACGCAAUCUCAAGCAACUGUAGAUUGAUUCAUUCCCGCUUACCAUUCAAUAAUUCACGGUCUUCAGUGUUUUACGUACCUCUCGUCAAUAACAGAGUGUCUCUUGUGAUCCCUUCAUCUUAAUUGUCUCCUAUUUGAUUCGUUUAUAGAGCAAUGUGAAUUAGGAAAUAGUGUGAUUUAUGGAAUAAUUACAUGUUUCUUUCGUGGAACAAGUUCUUCAGGCCUUAUUUGAUUAUUGAUUGUUGACACGUCAA